AUGGAUGAUCCAAAAUUAACAGUUGUAUCUGAACUGCAUAAACAAGCUAGAAAAAAUUAUCCUCGUCGAAAAGUUCAAAUGCGUGGUAUAGAUGAAACCUGGCAAGCAGAUUUAGUUGAAAUGAUACCUUAUUCUUAUUCUAAUAAAGGUUUCAAAUACAUGCUCACAGUUAUAGACAUAUUUUCCAAAUAUGCCUGGGCUGUAGCUGUAAAGAAAUUUAACAUUAAUCUCUAUUCUACCUAUAGUAAUUUGAAAGCCUCAAUUGUUGAAAGAUUUAACCGCACUCUAAAAAAUAUGAUGUGGCCUGAAUUCAGCUUGCAAGGCAAUUAUAAAUGGAUUAAUCUUUUACCAACUCUCAUGACAAAGUACAAUAAUAAAAAGCAUCGUACUAUUGGUAUGAAACCCAAAGAUGUCACCGUAGAAGAUACAAGAGAACUGCUGAGACGUAUCCGUAAACUACGUAGAAUUCCGCUGAGAAGAUCAAAAUUCAAAGUUGGAGACAGAGUUCGAGUUAGCAAGUUUAAAAAUGUUUUUGAAAAAGGAUAUACUCCCAACUGGACAACAGAAAUAUUCACCGUGGAUAAAGUUAAAUCAACAAAACCAGUUACAUACAAGCUGAAAGAUUACCAAAAUCAACCCAUCGAAGGUGGUUUCUACGAAGAAGAAUUGCUGAAAGUCCAAUAUCCAGAUGUUUACCUUGUAGAAAAAGUUCUCAAGACUCGUGGUAAUGAUGUAUACGUGAAAUGGCUUGGAUUCGAUAGCUCACAUAAUAGUUGGAUAAAAAAUCUGAUAUGUUAA